AUGGAAGUUUCGGGACUCCUGAGGAUUCGAGUUCACCGAGGUAUCAAUCUCGCCGUGCGAGACAAGCGCGGCACCAGCGAUCCUUACGCCGUCGUCAAAUCCGGCCUCCAGAAAGUGAGGUCGAAGGUGUUGAGAGACACUCUGAAUCCUGUCUGGGAAGAUGAUUUGACGAUUCACAUUAAGGAUCUAAAUCUCCCAGUCAUUCUCACAGUCUACGACAAGGACACAUUCACAGAUGACGACAACAUGGGGCACGCUCAGCUGGACAUCAAACCUCUGUUCGAAUGCACGAGGAUGGGAUUGGAAGAUCUUUACGACGGGACUACGGUCGAGAAGAUCGAGCCGAGCCCCGACAAUUGCUUAGCCGAGCAGAGCCGAGUCGUUUGGACCGAUGGUAAGAUGAGUCAAGAAAUGAAGCUCAAAUUGAGAAAUGUGGAGACCGGCGAAGUUGAAAUUAGGAUCGAAUGGACCGAUCUUCCGGGAGACGUAGGUAUACAUAUUUAA